AAAUAUCUUGUCUUUGUUUUUCAGCUGUCACUUUAAUUGGUGGCGUUGAACAUCUUGUUGCUGCGUGCUUCUUAAAUAAAACUUUCUGGUACAUUUGGGCCACAUCAGGGAAACUCGUAAAAACGGCAAUUCAAAGAACACUACGAGCUAAAACUACACGAUAGCUGUCUGCAGGGACUAUUCACGCAUGUAACGCACCACGCUUUUGCUGCAGUAUCUCGAGUUUAAAAAAAAAGUGAUGCGUCGUGCGCGAGCAGAAGCAAAAGAAGGAGAACAACAACAAAAAAAGCCGAUCACUUGAAUAGAAAAGGUUUUUUUUAAUUUUGUAACGCACCCCGAAACCACGCGUUACGUUUCCACAGUCGCGUCACCUCGGCUCCACCAUGUUGUAGGAAAUCCGCCGCUCCUCCUCUCUGUCAGAUUAUAGUUUAAUCUGAGGGGGAGGACACACCGUCAAGACGCCGUCUGCAUUUUGGGAAGGACUCUCGGCGUCUGUCCCCACCGAGUACCGUAGAACGCGACUUCACGUGAGACCGACUCGUUUCUCCUUCGUACAACGCAGCGGCCUGCGCGUGGAAGAUGAAACGCCGUCUUUGCCGACACGUUAAGAUGUUAGCCGGCUAACUAGCUGGACAAAAAGAGUAACUAAAUCGGAUUAGCCGACACCGGCCGCCUCCUCCAGGUACUGUUUGUACUUGACAACUAACACACGGCCCCCGCUCGCCUGUUCUUUCAUGUGAGUUGCAUUUCUCCAUUUUCUUUCUUUUCCUUGUGUCAACAUCACUAUUACUUUGUGCCGUAAUUGUUCGCUAGCAUUAAUGUCGCCGCAAGAUAGCUAGAUAAUUAGCCUGCCGACCCACAGCAGGAGCGCGAGCUCUUUUUCAGCUAAUCUUCCCGUUCUGCCGGAAGAAAAAGGGGCGAGCGUCCCCGUCAGAGCCUCCGACCGAGAGCCGAGGCGGAGCGGCGGCCACCAGGCGGAUGUGCUAGCUUGUCUCCGGGCCAGCUGCCGAGAGAGAGAGAGAGGAGAGAGAGAGAGCGCCCCCUCAAGAUUUGAGCCCCGACAUUUAGCCCUCAGACGAAGCAAAGAUGUCCGGGAAGGAUAAGGACAAAGACAAACCGGAGAAGCAGUCCACCACGGAGCGGCUGGUGAAAGCCGUGCCAUACCCUCCGCAACACAAGCUGACGGUGAAGGAGCUAUUUGAAAGUGGCAAGCCCAACGCCGAGCUGCUCCGCAACCACCUCGUCAAAGAGGGCAGGGUGGAAGAGGACGUGGCCCUGAAGAUCAUCAACGACGGGGCCAACAUCCUCCGCCAAGAGAAGUGCAUGCUGGAAGUGGAUGCACCGAUAACAGUAUGUGGCGACGUCCAUGGACAAUUCUUUGACCUUAUGAAGCUGUUUGAAGUGGGGGGGUCACCCAGUAACACGCGGUAUCUCUUCCUCGGUGACUACGUAGAUCGAGGAUACUUCAGUAUUGAGUGUGUUCUCUACCUCUGGUCGCUCAAGAUCAACCACCCCAACACACUCUUCCUCCUGCGUGGGAACCACGAGUGCCGACACCUCACAGAGUACUUCACCUUCAAACAGGAAUGUAAAAUAAAAUAUUCUGAACGGGUGUACGACGCCUGCAUGGAGGCCUUUGACUGUCUGCCCCUCGCCGCCCUGCUCAACCAACAGUUCCUCUGUGUGCACGGCGGACUCUCCCCAGAAAUCAACUGCCUUGACGACAUAAGGAAAUUAGACAGGUUUAAAGAGCCUCCGGCAUUCGGGCCCAUGUGUGACCUGAUCUGGGCGGACCCCGGGGAGGACUACGGCAGUGAAAAGACAAGCGAACACUUCAACCACAACUCCGUCAGAGGCUGCUCUUACUUUUUCAGUUACUCAGCCGUCUGUGACUUCUUGGUAAAUAAUAAUUUGCUGUCAGUAAUAAGAGCCCAUGAAGCACAGGAUGCAGGGUAUCGGAUGUACAGAAAAAGCCAGACCACAGGCUUCCCUUCAUUAAUCACAAUCUUCUCAGCUCCAAAUUACCUGGAUGUCUAUAACAACAAAGCUGCUGUACUAAAGUACGAGAACAACGUGAUGAACAUCCGACAGUUCAACUGCUCCCCCCACCCUUACUGGCUGCCCAACUUCAUGGAUGUCUUCACGUGGUCUUUGCCUUUUGUUGGAGAGAAAGUGACGGAGAUGCUGGUGAAUGUACUGAACAUCUGCUCUGACGAUGAGCUCAUGUCAGAGGGAGAUGACCAGUAUGAAGGUGGAACCUCGGCUAUGCGCAAGGAGGUCAUCCGAAACAAGAUCCGCGCCGUUGGGAAGAUGGCCCGAGUCUUCGCAGUGCUCAGGGAGGAAAGCGAGAAUGUGCUCACACUCAAAGGCCUCACCCCAACUGGAACUCUCCCUGUGGGAGUGUUGUCGGGGGGAAAGCAGACCUUGCAGACUGCCAUUCAAGGUUUCUCUCCCACGAGGAAGAUUCGUAACUUCGAGGAGGCCCGCGGCCUGGACCGGAUAAACGAGCGGAUGCCGCCUCGCAGAGACAGCCAGCAGCCGGACGGCACCGCGGUCAGCACCACCACCCCCAACAAGAAUGGCACUGACGGAUAGGAGACGGGACCGCCACGCGACCCACAUCCCCCCGACUCGCUCGCAGACCCUGAAUCCACCCCCCCCUCCCUCUGUCUCCACCGCCCUCUACUGACACAGCCUGGGGGAAAGGAAGCGGACACAUCGGUAGAUCCAAACAAAGGAAACCACUUCCAGCUGCUGAAAAUAUAUAUUGUGUUAUCUGGGGGAAAUUACUACAUCUAUUAGAUAUGUUUUAAUAGCAAAAAAUCAUUCAAUGAAGACAUUUUGCAGUUUGAAUGAAGUCCUAACUUAUACUUCAUACAUUUAAAAAAAAAGAUUAUUUUAUCAACUUGAGUUGAUGCAGAUAAAUGUUAUUCAGGAGUUUUAGUCACUUUAAUUAUAAUUGUUUUAAUUGUUCUUUGUGUUUGCGAAGAGAAUAUUUGAAGUACAAAUACUGCUCUUUGGAUCUUGAGGUUCUUGUUGAGAUGCUCUUGGCCCUUAAGGUUCUACAGUGUUUGCUUAUGUGGUCAGUCGAAAGACAAAUGAUGCAUGUGACAAAAGAAUAAGGGAAGUAAAUUAUAUCAGGACAAUUAUUACAAAUUCAUAUUUUAUACUUGAAGCAGGAAUUUAAUGAAGACUUGUAGUCCUAUUUCUAAAAUGUACAGAGUCUUCAACACAACCCAGACCUGCCAACACUCCCUCGUCCCGGUCGGACGCCCUGAAGUUGAGCAUCCCGGCGCGGCAGGGGAACCAAAGCCGCCGCCGGGCUUUUAUCUUCCAUUGUCUUUGAGACGGACAGAGAAAGCAGAGCAGCGUCCUCAAACAGACUGGACGCUCAUCGCUGCUUAGGGAGCGUCGGUGGAUUUAACACGACUGUCGGUAUGAUUUGUGCUUUGUUGACAUUUACAAGAAAAGAAAAAGUGCUUAAAAAAAAAAAUCUUUCAGGCUGUAUAAGUAUUUCCAUCUACUGUUGAUUAUACCGAUGUUUUUAUUUUUAUGGUGACAAGCGUGCGCUUCGCACGAGGGACACGUUUGACGACGCAAUGGACCGAGCCCUUCCUUUACAGGGACGAUGCUACACAAGGUACAGCCUAAAGAGUACCGUACUCAUCUCAACCAUGGCUGACUCCCCUAUAUAGAUUUUAAAACACCCCGCGGUCGCACCAUGAUGGGGGGGCAAUUGACGCUCGCUUUUCUGCUCCGAGGUGUUCCGCACCGGCACACCAACCCUUUAAGAGUCCACUGAGACACGCGACCCGCUCAACCGGUGCUCCGACACGCCUGACUGUAAUUCCGUUUUCUUUGUGUCACUCAAAGGUGGGAAAUAACCGUUAAUAUUUGCCAUUCUCGUGUGAAUUUGCUUCUUUUUUUUUUUAAUGAGGCGUUAGCGCUUGUGUGCCAUGCCACCUUGGCCACACGUCAAGAUCUGCGUGUAUGCGUGUGUUUCAUAUGUGAUUUUUAAUGAUUCAAUGUCUAAUAUUAAUCUUGAUAUCCUUAACAUUUGCAAAAUAUUGUAGUUUGCCGUUCCGUUCAGUAGGCUUCUGGGAAAGCUCCCUAAAGAUGAAGUAUUUGGGUUUUGUUUUCAAGUUGAGGCUUCAUUGGGUGAGCCGUACAGUAUGCUGACCUCCUGUUAGGUCCCAUUACAUAUCUUGCAGAAUGUAAAAAAAUAUUGUUCAUUAAGAAUCUUAUAGCUGUAAAAAGCGGUGGAAACCAAAAAAAAAAAAAGAUUCUAAAACUGUACCGUAUUUGUCAUGCGAGGCCAUGAAAUCUUUUACGUAGAUGUAUCACUUGAAAGAAAAGAAUAAAAUUAAAAUACAGUGUUUAUCCGA